CAUUUGCCUCCACCAAUGGGGACUUAUCCUCGCCACUUUCCAACUCGGCAAUUUUUUUCAAUAAGAGGACAACGUUACCUCAGUCGUGCGUAGAUGAUGCUCCUGUGAAGAUUCAGUAUUUUUACAUGUGACUUUGUUGGGCUUUUAUUCGUAGGGAGUCAAUUUGUCAUAUUUUAUCUUCCAUGCACUUUUCUAUUCAAAGUGGAUGGUUUAUCUCUCUGAGGAGAACCCAUUGAAUUCCCGCUGAAUGAUUGAAUGAAUGGGAUAUACAGAUAUUCACUAUGAGCAAACGUACAACGAGUGCAUUAAAUUCCUGCGAGAGAAUCAGACCAGAAAGAUCGAGAAAUCCUGGCAUUCAGAGGCUAGUGUGGCAGGAUACAUCAGCCAAUGGUGCAUGUGGUAGUCGUGUGCAUUUUCACGUGUAUGAUGGAAUUCAAAGUGAAGACUUUGAAGUCACCAAUCCCCGAGUCGCUCUGCGAAGAUUGUUGCGACUGUACGAGGGUAGACAGUACCGUGAAGCAGCAAAUUUUCUUGGUAAAUUGCCUCGUUACACACUGGCAUCAACACUGCCAAAUAUACCAGUGGACCUCGUGAUAGAGACAUUGCCACGUAGUCUGGCCCUACUUGAGGCACUUUAUCAACGCUUUGGGGAGAUGGAGAAUAUUAACCAGAAUGACCUGAUGCGAUUACUCAGAGUUGACCAAGUGCUUUGGAAAAUUAUCCACCUCAUAUCACAGAGCCCGGAUAACCGGGGCCUCCGAAUCUGGGCUAAAUUGCUUCUGACUUUAUCGCGAGUAAGUCCUAAUGCACGUACACUUGUGGCAAAUCGCAAGAAAUCACUCGACCAAGCGAUUGAGGGACUUGGUAAACAUGGACCAAUUCCCUGCUCAGUCAGGAGUGGAGAAAAACGUAUUGGACACUCUGUGGAGACUCAUUUGCUGCCAUUGACAUCUAAACUCAGGGAGGAACUUGAGCUGCGGAUCGAUGCAUACAAACUUGCUUUGCACAAGAUUGAAAACUUGGGGAAGGAUGCGAUAAGACGCUCAAAGGGCGAUCCCCAUGGACUUCGAUCUGCCUCGCAUCAGCGAUUACUCUCCCUCAGGUACAGCGAAGUUCAGCAGCGACUCAUUGACAAUCAGAGCCUGUUGAAUACCCUAGAGAAGGGAGUUGGACGUAAUUUGGAGGAAUUAUCUAAUGAAUUGUCACGUAGAGUUGAGCAGGACAAAGAGGCGCUCCGUCAAUGGACUUCACUUAGAAAGACUUCUGGUGAGAAAUUCAGAUGUGGUGAUAGCAAGGAGCAGCCAGCUCUGGCAUCGAGGCUCCUUCAAUUCUCCAAAGCCUGUGGGUUGGCCUUGCAAUUGAUGAAUGGUAUGCCAGGCUCCACUGAAUCGACAUCCAGCUGGUGCGGUGAAUUCUUCUCAACUGUAAUUGAGGACGAGAGAUACGAUGUGACAGCGACUGAAUCCAGCAGCGCUGGUUAUCACACGGACGACAGUUGCAGUCCAACACCUGAACCCACUGUGGACUACCACAGGUGUUUAGAAAAUGCAUCGGAUUAUAGAGAGAAUGAUGCAACGAGAGUAGUCAAGCCAGGAUUACUCGUAUCAAUUGGAAAUUCACAAUCAUUUUUCAUGAUGACCGUCGAGGAUUUAACUGAUACUUACGUUUCACUCUAUACUCGUGCACAUUUACAUACCCUGGACGCCUUGGAUGCACUCGAGCCACUUAAGGACGCCACGGAUCUAAAGUUUAAAAUACUUUUUUCCGUACUUGUGUUGUCAUGGCGUAUAGCUGAGAGUAUCCAGAGCGGACGUAAAAGGGAGGCAUCGUACGUACUGUCAGGACCAGUUAUCGACAUCAAUGAUUCCCACAGCUGUCAAUUAUCUGAUGACAUAGAGUUAUGCAUGAGGCGACAAUUGGCAACGACUGGAUUUGCAAGUGGUACAAAUGACGUUUGUUUACGCGUUAUGUCACAACUAUCGAGUACGCUGUACGAUUAUCCUUGCAUCAGUAAAUGCAAACAGUUGCGUAAUUACUGUCUAGCUAGUUCACAUCUAGCUUGGGCAUGUUUAGCAAGGGAUGAGCCUCUUGUACUGGAUACGGGUGAGCAGAGGCAAAGAUUCAUGGAUAUCGAGUACAGGCGUGAAGUACACACUCGACAUCCAGCAUCACCAAAUCCCGAGGGCAAGAGGAUUGUUGGAGUCGUAUGGCCGGGGCUCAGACAGACAAGUCUUCAGGGACCCUGCUUGUACAGGGCUGUUGUACUCACUGCCUAGAAACUUUUACCAACGAAACUUCCGUCUUCAAUCCUCACAUCUCUCUCUACACCCCCGACCCCAUCUACCAUCUUCUAUAUAUUCUCCUUUUCCAUUGUUACACGGUUAAUGCUGUAGUUGAAUGUAGGAGUUUGACUAUUCUCCUUAAACUUAUGGAACUGGAGAUCAAUCUUGCGGGGACCUUACCUUGCAGUCGUAAAUACUUUCUUAAUUAAAAAUCAACAUAUUCUCCGCUUACGUGGGGGAAGAAUUUUAAUUAAUCGAGAUGUUCAUUCAAAUAUUAAUUAUUAUUACUAUUUUUUAAAAGAGAAAUAGAUUGUAAAGUGAGUGAAUAUCCAAUAAAAUGGCCUCGAGAAUAUUUGAAUGUUAUUUUUUAUAUUAAAAAAAUCAAAAGACAAUUUUUCUCCGUUUCAUAAUGGCACCGUCAUGUUUCGCGAAAUUUAUUUACUUAUUAUGAUUGAAUAGACCUAGA